GUCAGUUCUCUGUAAUCGCUCGUCUCUGUUCGUGUGCAGCUCCUCUGUAGUUUCAUGUUGAGUCGUGUUUGUUUCUUCCACUGACGUUUUCAUGCCACAGCAGAAGGUUUACUGACACACAAAACUAGAAACGGACUGAAGUGAUGGACCCAAACCAAGCAGUGUCCGCUCAAUCGGCCUUCACAAAACAACUCCCGCUCCGUUUUCAAUGAGCUGAGCUCCACAGCGUCUCAUCACUGAGAGCAAAAAGAAGUUUGCUGGAGAACCAUGGAGGACUGUGCUGUGACGACUGACGCAUCCUCGUUCGCUUUCCAGUCCUAUCACAGCAAUAAACUCCUCCUGUGCCACUAUAACUACACCGGCAAACUGAAUCAGAGCCGGUACGAAGAUGGACUGAAACCAGAAUCCAUCGCCUCUCUCUCCAUCUGCUUCCUCAUCGUCGUGGAGAACCUGAUCGUGCUCAUGGCCAUCUGGAAGAACAAGAAGUUCCACAAGCCCAUGUACUACCUGCUGGGCAACCUGACGCUGUCGGACCUGCUGGCCGGAUUCACCUACAUGCUGAACAUCGUGCUGUCGGGCCCGAACACGCUGAAGCUGACGCCGCUGCUGUGGUUCCUGAGAGAGGGAGGCGUCUUCAUCACGCUCUCGGCGUCCGUCAUCAGUCUGCUGGCCAUCGCCAUCGAGCGCUUCUUCACCAUGCGCAACACCAAGCCCUACUACCGGGCCAAACGCAACCGCAUGUUCGCGCUGAUCGCCGCCAGCUGGGUGCUGUCGCUGUUGCUAGGCGCCCUGCCGAUUAUGGGCUGGAACUGUCUGCGUCGUCUGGAGUGGUGCUCCACCGUCAUGCCGCUCUACGCCAAGAGCUACAACUUCUUCUGCGUGCUUGUGUUCCUGGCCGUCCUGCUGGCCAUCGUGCUUCUGUACGGACGCAUCUUUCACUUCGUCAAGACCAACACGCAGAACCCGAGCAGCGUCCAGCGCAAACCCUACGGCCAUCGCUCGCGGAAGUACAUGGCGCUGCUGAAGACCGUCACCAUCGUGGUGGGAGCGUUUAUCCUCUGCUGGAUGCCGCUGUUUGUGCUCCUGCUGAUGGACUUCGUGUGUCCCGUGAAGACGUCCGUGACGGUGUGUCCUGUUCUCUUAAAGGCUGAUUACUUCCUGGGCGUGGCCAUGUUUAAUUCCUUCAUUAACCCGGUCAUUUACACGCUGACGAACAGAGACAUCCGGCGGGCCAUUCUGAAGCUGCUCUGCCGCCGCUGUCUGAUGACCAAAGAUGGCCGCGUGAGGAAGAUCGGCAUCCGCAUCAGCUUCACGAAGACGGACGUGAACCGCCAGGGACUGGAGACGACCAUCUCAUCCGGGAACGGCACCACCUUACCUGUCAAAUCCAUCUACCCCAAACUCAAGCUCUCCGUCAUCGCAUAAGCACAUAUGUGUCCCUGGAAUUUCAAAGAAAUCGACCCUUAUGACUGUUUUUGUGAUCCAGGGUCACAUUUCAGAGUCUGGACUGAAUCGUGACGAAUCAAAUCUAAUUAAAGGCUCAUUCCAGCCACGAACUCUCACACAGCCCAAAAUAGAAACGGUUUCAAACACAAACUUUGCUAUAUGGACCUUGAAUCAAGCUGCCAUGGGCAGAAAGAGGUCUUUGCGUAGGUGUUCUUCAGCAUUUCAACAUUCGGUCCUUUACAUGUGAACUGAGAUACAUCUGCACAAAUGCUCCGAAAGAUAAGACUCAGAUAUCAGUUCAUCAGUUCAUCAGCUUGAGAUCUGAAUCCAUGCAGAGACUUCAAACAAGCAUGCACUGAACAGCAGACAGGCCUCAUACAGCGGCCUUGAGCUUUGGAAAAAGCGCUUUAUAAAUUAAACUUAUUAUUAUUAUUAAAUAUAACAAUAUAUGUCAGUCAUUUUUGCUACUGAUGAAUACACAAACCCUCCACAGAUAAAAGCAGUAUGAAGAAAAUAACUGUAAAUAUUCCACUCUCGUGCUCUUAUCGAAUGUUAAACCGUGAGCGUCUCUUCACACAAAAGCAUAUUUAAGGUUUGUUAGUACAGUUUUCUUUGUACAGUGUAAAUGCUUGACAUACUGUUUUUACAAGUUUUUGUAAAGCCUGAUUGAUGCUAAAUUAUGUUCUUUCUUAUUUGAUAUUAAAUAUUUUUUUACAGUG